CAAAAAUCCUCCUCUCACUCUUCAGACGAUGAUUUCAUCUUUCUCUCCCAUGCAAACAGAAACCGUAACUUUUGCAUCUUCUUCCUUUUGUUUUUCCUUUCUACCCCUCCUCAAACAUCAAAUUUACACUACCACACCCUUCACAACAAAAGGCAGAAACCAUCUCACCCUCCAGGCACUUUCUUCUUCUUCUUCUUCUCCAACCAAAGACAUAUGGAGACGAUCCAAGACGGCACCGUUUUACCGCCCAAAACCCUCCCAAAACUCCACUUUUUUAGACCACAGCAUCGACAUGGAAGAGCUUUUCGCUUCAAUAUCCAAAACCCAAAACGGAAAAGACCUUUUUACCCUUCUAUCCCCAUACAAGACCCGCCAACUCUCAAUCCGUUUCAUGGUAUCCCUCCUUUCCCGCGAAACAGACUGGCAAAGAUCGUUAGCUUUGCUCGACUGGGUCAACGAAGAAGCCCGUUACUCGCCUUCACUCUUCGCUUACAACGUUGUUAUUCGAAACGUGGUGAAAGCCAAACAAUGGGCCAUUGCCCAUGGCCUGUUUGAAGAAAUGCGUGAAAAAGGGUUAACACCCGACAGGUUUACUUAUUCGACAUUGAUAACGUAUUUUGGGAAAGAGGGCAUGUUUGAUUCGGCUUUGUCUUGGCUUCAAAAGAUGGAAAAUGAUGGUGUUUCGGGCGAUCUUGUUCUUUUUAGCAAUUUGAUUGAGUUAUCGAGGAAGCUACGAGAUUAUUCCAAAGCUAUUUCAAUUUUUAAUAAGUUGAAGAGGUCAGGAAUCGUGCCUGAUCUUGUUUGUUAUAAUUCGAUGAUUAAUGUGUUUGGGAAGGCUAAGUUGUUUAGAGAAGCAAGGCUGUUGGUUAAGGAAAUGAGGGAUGUUGGGGUCAUGCCGGAUACAGUUAGUUAUUCAACAGUUUUAAAUAUGUAUGUGGAGAAUCACAAGUUUGUUGAGGCAUUAUCGGUGUUUGCUGAGAUGAACGAAGUGAAGUGUCCACUUGAUCUUACCACUUGUAAUAUUAUGAUUGAUGUUUAUGGUCAGCUUGAUAUGGCGAAGGAGGCGGAUAGGUUGUUUUGGGGUAUGAGGAAGAUGGGGAUUGAGCCGAAUGUUGUUAGCUAUAAUACCCUUUUAAAGGUUUAUGGUGAGGCUGAGCUUUACGGGGAAGCAAUUCAUCUUUUUAGGUUGAUGCAUAGGAAGGAUAUUGAGCAGAAUGUUGUUACAUAUAAUACGAUGAUUAAGAUUUAUGGGAAGUCUCUUGAGCAUGAAAAGGCGUAUAAUCUUGUGCAAGAAAUGCAAAAUAGGGGGAUUGAACCUAACGCCAUUACAUAUUCAACCAUAAUAUCUAUAUGGGGUAAGGCAGGGAAGUUGGAUAGGGCUGCAAUGUUAUUUCAGAAGUUGAGGAGCUCUGGGGUUGAGAUUGAUCAGGUGCUUUAUCAAACAAUGAUUGUGGCUUAUGAAAGAGCUGGUUUGGUUGCUCAUGCUAAGCGCUUGCUUCAUGAGCUUAAGCAACCGGAUAAUCUCCCUAGGGAUACAGCGAUUAUGAUUCUUGCCCGUGCUGGUCGGAUUGAAGAGGCUACGUGGGUUUUUCGACAGGCAUGUGAUGCUGGUGAGGUGAAGGAUAUAUCUGUGUUUGGAUUGAUGAUUGAUCUUUUCUCACGGAAUAAGAAGCAUGCAAAUGUCAUUGAGGUGUUUGAGAAGAUGAGGAGUGCUGGAUAUUUUCCUGAUUCUAAUGUGAUUGCCCUGGUGCUGAAUGCCUACGGGAAGUUGCGAGAGUUUGAGAAAGCAGAUGCUGUAUAUAAGGAGAUGCAGGAAGAAGGAUGUGUUUUUCCUGAUGAAGUUCACUUCCAAAUGCUGAGUCUUUGUGGUGCUAGAAAAGACUUUAAGAUGGUAGAAUCACUGUUUGAAAAGCUUGAUUCUGAUCCUAACAUCAAUAAAAAGGAGCUGCAUCUUGUUGUUGCCAGCAUUUAUGAAAGAGGAAACAGACUAAAUGACGCCUCGCAAAUCAUGAACAGAAUGAGUGAAAGAGGAAUUUUGAAGUCGUCAAGGGGAAAACGAGAGACAACAAAAAAAGAACAAGAAAUGAAGAGAUUAAAAUCCUAUUACAUGCAAAUUCGUCACAAUAAUAAUCAAGCAAUGGAGCGCAGAUGGAUCUUCCCUUUAGCUGUUGGCUCCAUUGUUUCCUUAUUUUUACUCUUUUUAACAACCUUAACCUCUUUUGACGGCUCCCCAUUUCUUUUCUUCUACCGUUCCUCCACCGUAAUCGGCGGCUCCUCCACUUUCGUGGAGAACCAGCUAAAACCCAUCCCCAUCUCCACCCUCCCUCCCCCUCCCCGCUUUGCAUACCUCGUUUCCGGCUCAGCCGGCGACGGUCGCAUGCUGAAAAGGACCCUCUUAGCCCUUUACCAUCCCUUAAACCAAUACGUAGUCCAUCUUGACAGGGAAGCUAGCUCUGAAGAGAGACUCGAUCUGGAGAAGUUUGUGAAAAAUCAUCAAGUGUUUAAUAAAGUUGGGAAUGUUAGGAUGAUUGUGAAAGCUAAUUUGGUUACUUAUAGGGGACCUACUAUGGUUGCUAAUACGCUUCAUGCUGCUGCAAUUUUGUUGAAAGAAGGAGGAGAUUGGGAUUGGUUUAUUAAUCUUAGUGCUUCUGAUUAUCCCCUUGUUACCCAAGAUGAUCUGUUGCACACAUUUUCAUACUUGCCAAGGGAUCUGAAUUUCAUUGAUCAUACAAGCAAUAUUGGGUGGAAAGAGUUUCAGCGGGCUAAGCCAAUUAUUAUAGAUCCAGGGUUGUAUAGUGUGAAAAAAGCUGAUGUUUUUUGGGUGACACAGAGGAGAAGUGUUCCAACUGCAUUCAAACUCUUUACAGGUUCUGCGUGGAUGGCACUUUCUCGGCCUUUUAUUGAUUAUUGCAUCUGGGGAUGGGACAACCUACCUCGAACAGUCCUCAUGUACUAUGCAAACUUUUUAUCUUCUCCAGAAGGUUACUUCCACACAGUCGUUUGUAAUGCUCAAGAGUUCCGUAACACUACUGUAAACAGUGAUCUCCAUUUUAUAUCAUGGGAUAACCCUCCUAAGCAGCAUCCGCAUCACCUCAAGCUUGAUGACAUGCAACGAAUGAUAAACAGCAAUGCUCCUUUUGGGAGAAAGUUCCCUCAGGAAGACCCAGUGCUUGACAAAAUUGACUCUGAGCUGUUGUCUCGGGGUCCAGGAAUGUUAACUCCUGGUGGUUGGUGUGUAGGAAGUGUGAAAAAUGGGACUGAUCCUUGUUCUGUUGUUGGUAAUACAACAGUCCUCAGGCCUGGCCCUGGAGCGAAAAGGUUGGAAACUUUGAUCAGCUCUCUUCUAUCCAAUGACAAUUUUAGGCCGCGGCAAUGCAAAUAA